CACACACAGAAUAAAAUCAUACCUCUGAAAGGAACCAAAAAGGACAUAAAGUUGAUGUAUUCAGACAUUACACAGAGGGACAAUGGUGAUAAAAUAUAGCGAUAAAUGAUUUCGAUCAUUGCUGAACGGACACAAGACGUGAAGAACUACCACUAGAGCCAUAUGAAUAACAAAAAUAUGAAGAUGCCACAAAAACCUCAAAUAACGAUUGAGCGAUCUACAAGUUUGAGAAAUUAUGCUUAUAGAAGACCUGAUGCAAACACUGAGGAAUUUGUAAGGUUCAUAACAGAACGACAACCGACAAACUUACGGCUUCAGCGGAGAGCUCCACUUCCGGAGAUAGGAACAUCCGGACUCCGUGAUUCUGGAUUUUUAGAUAAAAACAGUGACACUAGUGACUAUGAUGAUACAACAUUAGAUAACGAAGUAGCAUCAGUGUACAGUAAUAAGUCCAAAACUUCCAGAAAAGAUCUCCAUGUUCAAGAAGUUUUAACUCUAACCAGAGAACAAACUCGGGAUAACUUGUUUAACAAAUCUUUAUCCAACGGACUUGCUGAUCAUUUAAACGGAAACGUGCUUCUUUUUCGACAAACAACAGACAUUCGGAAAAGAGGAGGAGGUUUGAAUGUGAAUAUUCUCCCGAAAGUGAACCGUCCAGGGAAACAACUUCCCCCAAUCGAACAGCUGCAUAUCCCAGACCGUCCAACAGCCCCUUCCCCAUCCCGUACACCCCCAUUUUCUAAUUCUGAUGGUAGCUUUAUUGAAGAGGAACCAGUAGAUUAUAUAGACUCGUCAUAAAAAAUGGCAAGAAUUCUUUAAAAACAAAAAAAAGAGAAAUACAAUUGUUCAUAUUUGAGAAACACUUUAUGCGAAUUCUUGCUUCAUAAUACAAAGAGGAAUUUUUUUAAUGAAUGUAACAAACACAUACCUGUGAUAAAAACCGGUUUUUGAUUUUAAAGACGUUUUGUAGGUGCUGAACGUUUAUAGAUAUCUGUGAUUUAUCUUGGUGAUAUUUUUCUUAUUUUUUAGAUUGUUUAUGUUAUUUUAAUUUUGCUUCGGAAUAUGUUCUUUGAAUAUAUAAUCAUGGAAUUUUAUCCAAUUUUUCAAAAGAUUUGAAAGGGUUAAUUCCCACAGUUUUAAACAGUAAAGAUAGAACAUGUAGAUCAAGUAUAUAUGUUUAUGUAUCGACUUCCAAUUUAUAUUACUUCAUUAGAAAUAUUCUAUUAUGACAUUAUUUCAUGUUAUAAAAAUUAUUCUCAGGGAAAUCGUCAUCUUCAUCACAUAAAAAUAG